AUGAACGCCACCGAAUGGGACGAUGAGUCAGAAGCAUACCUCCGCAUGGUUUUCGAGCGACAGUCGGAAGCCGGCCACAAGGGAGGAUUUCCUUCGGCGUACCCAAGCACCAUCUUCGAAACAUCAUGGGUUCGUGUCGCGAUGUCAAGUGUUUUGAACACUCUUCUCCAGUCUGGUUUUGACAAGGACGACUUUCUGCUGGCUGAUGUUCGAAGCUUGACGACGCUGCUCGAGACGGGUAUCAAGCAGGGCCAAGGCACUGUCGGGUGGGGUAUGCGUGAAACUUCGGAUCUAAAGCUCGGUGCACUGACGAUUUCCAGCCCCAAAUUGCCUUCCGGAUGCGGACGAUACUGCAAAGACUAUCUCAGCGCUGCAUCUCCUGGGCUGGGACCAGGCAGCGGAGCCGAUGAUUCAGUCUUUCGAGGCGGAUGCGUGCUUCAUAUUUUGAAAUGUGCAACGUUCAUCACAAAGACCUGGAGUGAAAAUAGUGGCCCCGACAAAUGGCAUACUUCCGCACGAUACUCAACGAUGCUCCAAGUGCAAGCAUUUGUGAGGUUCCUAAAGAAAUGGUCAGAGGAUGAAUUCGACGUGGAAGCCAUACCCAAAAAUCUUGUGUAUCAAGAUGUUCCACGAAUGCUGCUUGACAUUUUAGCGCAUACGAUGAAUUCUCAAAAAGAUGAUGGAUCGUGGGAAUCGAAGCGAGAGGUCACUGCUUAUGCAAUCCUCACUCUCACGCCUUUACUGAGUCUACCCUGGGUCGACUUCUUAAAGCCUGAGUGCACCGCAUGUAUAUUGCGCGGCAAAGCCUAUCUGGAGAACCAUCGCAAGGAGUGGCGAGAGGCUGAGCGUAUCUGGAUUGAAAAGACUGUCUACGGCUCCCCCAACCUAUCGCAAGCGUAUUGCUUGGCUGCAAUGAAGGUCGUCGUCCCUACUACGAUUAUCUCCGCAAAGAUAUGCGACAUGUUUCCUCUAGAGAUGACGAAGAAAAUGGGCAAGAUGGCGAGCUUCUUCGCUAAAGUCCCUCCGUUUCCUUCCGCACCCAACUGGAAACUGCAGUUGUCCUUGCUGCAAAGCGCAAGUUAUUCAGCAGCCCUGAAAGCUCAUCGGUACAGCAUCUUUCCGCCACUCAUGGAAGCCAGUGAUGAAAAAUACCAAAACUACAUCCCAUUCACUUGGAUCGGAUGCAAAGAUCACCUGUCCACGCCAAUUACUCCGAAAUGCUUGUGGGACAUGAUGUUGGUGUCCAUGUACAACUUCCAAGUCGACGCGUUCAUGGAAACGUCGGCCAGGGAUUGCUAUGCUGGCAGACUCAACGAUUUGAAGGGCUUAAUUUGCGGGUUAUUCAGUGAAGACUCUAUGGGAUACGAAAGCAUGACGAAGUAUGAGCACGCGACGACACCAAAGAAGAUGACGAAUGGCGUCAAGAAUGGCGUCGGGAAUGUCGGGCAAAGUGGUCGAGAAAAUGGUAUCGCGAAUUGCAAUGAUGAUUACGCGAUGGAAAGCAACGGCGAGAACGGCCAUACUAAUGGAUUAACUGAUCAGGAUGAACAUGUGAAGAAAGUCCUGACCAAGUUCGUCAAUUUUGCGCUGCAGCACCCAAAAGUCCUGGCAAGCCCUGCGCCAAUGCGUCAAUGGCUAGCUCACGAGCUUCAAACGUUCCUACUGGCCCACAUCACACAUAUGGAGGACUGCGACUCCCUUGCCUUCUCAGCCAGCUCCGGUGCCAAAGCCAUCACGUGGAGCAAACCACGGACAACCUUCUUCAAAUGGGUGCGGACAACAUCUGCCGACCACACCAGCUGUCCUUACUCAUUCGUCUUCUACCUUUGUCUCAUUGGAAAUGGUAGCAAUUGGCUGGAAAUGAGCAUACAAAAACGCUAUGCUCUCGAGGAUGCCUGUCGUCACCUGGCCGCCAUGUGCCGACAAUACAACGACCUAGGUUCAGUUUCACGAGACCAAAACGAGGGUAAUCUUAAUAGUGUCAAUUUCCCAGAGUUUUCCAGUGAAUACGGUGAUGUUUCGGCAGCAUCGAUCGACACUAAGAGGCAAGGUUUAUUGGCUGUGGCAGAGUACGAGAGCCGUUGUUUGGGCCGCGUGCUGGGAGAACUGGAAUUGAGCAUGGAUGCAAGGCUGAUGGAGAAAUUGAGACUGCUAAUUCAGGUAACUGAUCUAUAUGGGCAGAUAUAUGUGGUACGCGAUAUUGGGAUUAGGCGCGAGGAAGAAGGGCCGGACAGAGGUGUGAUGAAGGGCGUCGCACUGCAGUGGACAUAG